GUUAAGAACAAAAUUGACUCACCGGUACUCAAACUGAAAUAAGAAAACAAUUAGCAAUCAUGAUGUGCCGCGCAUGUUUAAUCCUCGGAUUGUUUCUGCUCGCAUGCGACGCCGAUGACUCAGACAACCGGCUACCACGCCAUGUACGAGGUAGUGUGGAAUUCGAAAACCACCACAAGAUUGGGGAAAAGACCGCCGAUCAGCCUCUGCUAUUCCAGUAGUCAGCGUCCCGGCGACAAGGCUGAUGACGUCAGCGGAUGUCCCACGAUCUGCACCAUGGACUUGAAUCCCGUCUGCGGCAGCGACGGCAGUACAUAUGACAACAAGUGUCUCAUGAACAUCGCGGCAUGCAGAAUGAAGACGCGUCUGUUCGUGGUUCGGCAAGGUCGAUGUUAAUGGCCCUUCCUUGCUGCCCAAAUGGAGAAAUAUCGAAGGACCUUGUCGAGCUUUUUAAGAAUUAAUUUAAAACUCGUGCAAAUGUAAACAGUGCAAAUUUUAAAUUUACUGGCGAUUAUUUUGUUGAAAAUGUUACUUGUUUAAACAAGUGUGAAAUCAGACAAAUGAGAAAUAUUCGUUUUUUGGAAACAAUUUAUUAUGUAGAUUGCUGUAAAGUAAUGUCAUGCUAUUUGAUGCAAUAAAUCAAUGAUUAAUUAUA